GACACAGUGACCCCACCUGGUGGCAACACAAUCAUGCCAAAUACCACAGGCCCACCCCCUGGAUGGGGACCAGAAGUCAAGAUAAUCGCCCUGGUUUUGUACAGUAUCACCAUGUCUUUAUCACUGGUUGGCAAUAUUCUGGUGAUCUAUAUCUUGUACAAAAAGCCCGAAACCAGACGUUUAACAAGUUUCAUGUAUGUAAACCUCGCUGUGGCCGACCUGCUGGUGACUACCGUAGUAAUGCCGCAGUCCUUAACAAUCAUAUUAACGGACGAAAAUUGGAUAAGUGGACUAAUUGGAGAAUUGCUAUUGAAGUUCGUAACAUUUACGUUUUUUGUUUCGCUUACGGCGUCAAUCUUCUCGUUAAAUGCCAUUGCCUUUGACUGUUUCUUCAGCAUCACAAGGCCAAUGCAGAGGUUCCCAAAGUUAAGGAAUAAGAAGGUCUUUGUACCCUGUAUAUGGAUAAGUUCCAUGUGUCUUAUGAGCCCUUGGUUAAUCAUACCUAAAGUGGAGGAUUCCAACGUUUCCUAUGAAUUUAGUCAACUGGGGGAGCUUCAAGAUGCCGUCAGGGGAAUAUUUCUCUACAUAGUAACCAGCAUUUAUAUACUUCCUUUAACUACAAUGAGCUUUCUGUAUGGAGUUGUCUGCCGCAAACUUAAGUCUCACACUUUGCCUGGCGCGUCUGUAAGACAAGACAAGGCGCGUGAUCGAGCAAACAAAACCAAACACCAAGUGAUAAACAUGUCGAUAGCAAUCGUGGUAGCGUUUGGACUUUGCUGGCUCCCCGCGCAUGUCUUUCACACGAUGGUAGCGAUCGAUAUGACCGUGCUUGAAAGGUUUCCAGGGUAUAUCAUGUUGAUUUGCUACUGGUGUGGACACGCGAACAGCGCCGUCAAUCCAUGGAUGUUGAUCUGUUUUAAGAAGCGAUUCCGAGCCGUGUUUGAGAAGAUGAUGGUGAGUCCGUUAUCCCGAAAGUCGUCUAAUAGCAAGUCAUCAAACGCGUCUGUAAGAACGUCGAGAUGCCAGAAAACUUCAACACAAGAAAAAGAAUUCUACCUAUUUUCAAGUUCUGUGUAA